UUUCCUUUAUGUUUUGGUUUUCUUUUGUGCGGCACUAAGACUGCCACCUGUACCUUAUCUCUAGACCCCUUCUUCACUAAGAUGUUCCUAGAUCCGCAGUUCUCCACUGGCUUGAAAAAUACUUCAAUGGCUUCCAAUCUUCCCAAACUUCACCUGCAAAUUUCCAAAACUCCAUCUAUGUUCCCUACCCACCACCGGCAUGGCCUUUCGUAUCUCCCUUACUUCAUCUCAAAUGUCCCCCGGAAACCCAACUUCUCCUCCCUAUUCCUCCAUGCCUCCCUCUCUUCUCCUCCUUCCCCUCCCACUUCCAAAGAAGAAGCUAUUCUCCAAGCCAAAACAUGCCUCUCCUCCUCCCUAGAGAAGCCCCUCAACAACCCCAAACUUGCUGCGGGUAAGCUCAAGAAGCUCAAACAGUGCAGAUUCCAAGUCGAAAUCCCGCUCAUUGAUGACUCUCCUUCAUCCCUCUCUCAACUAGCUCUUGAUAUCUUCAAAGAUUUACCCCUCAAAAGUAAAGCGUCUUUAGUUAAAUUUCUAAUACUAUGGCCUGAUGCGUCCUUCAAAGAAGCUGGAAUUCUAGCAUUUGAAUCCCUUAUGCUGAACCACGUUGAACACAUAGACUUAACUUCAGUAACCAACAGUCCUAACAGAAUUUCGAGUUCAGCCGAGGUGGCGGUCUUUUUGGCGCCAGAGGCAUCACAAUUGGAGAUCAUAAGAAUGAUUGCUGAGAGUCUAUAUCCAAAACCAGUGGUGAUACUUAAUCCCAGAUGGAGUUCUGAGGAGAAGAAUAAUUUUGGUGCUAUGAAAGCGUUUGUUGGGUCUUUUGAGGUGAUUUAUUCAUUCAUGGGGUUGGAAGUUAGAGGUUUUUUGAGCAAAAGAAAAGGGGUGGUUUUCAAGUGUGUGAGAGACGGGGUUUUGGGUGGAGAGAGAUGGGAAGUUCAUGUUGAAGAAGAUGGGGAAUUGAAGGUUGUUUCAAGGUUCAAGGCCAGGCCAAGCAUUGAGGAAGUUGAGACCGUCUUGUACAACUUGAUGGCUAUCAAUUCUCCCAUCACAAAGUCUGCCAAGUUCUUAAGAGAGCUGGUGAACAAUGUGUAUGGGAAAAAGUGAGUGUAGUUGGAUUUGGAGAGAAUGAAUUUUGAUUCACUUUCCGGUUUAGAAUUCUCCCAUUUCAUUAGUUGCAAUUUUGAUUAUUUAUUGAUUGAGCUCUUUUACUACCAUGAAUCUUAAUUUACAUGGUUUGAAGAAUAAUGUAUGUGAGGAAAGAAUUGAGACUCAUAUUUUAAACAGAUUUUAGACGUAUUAAAUUAAGUUUACCUUU